CUAACCUACCUCAUUUGUAUAAUUAAAAUAAAUAAACAUUAUAUUUUAUAUAUGGGACAGAGGCAGUGCCUUUAUCAGAAACACAAAUAUGUGCUAACCUACCUCAUCUGUAUAAUUAAAAUAAAUAAACAUUAUAUUUUAUAUAUAGGACAGAGGCAGUGCCAUUAUUAGAAACAAACUUAGAAAGUAAAAUAAAAAUGAUAACAUUUAGUAAAAGUAGUUUAAAUUAGAGUAUAUACUUCUGUAUAAUCUAUGAAUUAUGUUAAUUAGUAUUGUUAUAUUGAUAUAUAAAAACAAGAGUUGAUAGGUUAGUUUCUCAGCCUGCUUAUCCUGCCCCGAAGGUUUGUCAGUAGAUGUAUGUAAACACUGUAUAAGCUCACCUUAAGGACAGUGUUGUCAUCUCUUUUUUUAUUAAAGUGAUUCAUUAUUGAAAUACAAGUGCUUAAAUAUAUCUUAGUAUAUUAUUUAAAAUUUUACAUUUUCUAUGUGUAGCGUGAUGUGUUUAUAUAACACACCUUACAUCUGUUUCAACUUUAUUUCGACCACCAAUAGUGUCUGUUUAAAGUUAUUGUUUUAGUUUACGAAGGAUAAAGCGAAAGAGCUGGGAUUGAAAGGUUGGGUUAUGAACACACACAGAGAUACGGUUGUUGGAACAAUCCAGGGUGAAAAUGACAAGAUUGUGAUAAUGAAAGAAUGGUUGAGGACAACAGGAAGCCCAUACUCAAGAAUUGAGAAAUGUGAAUUUAGGAAUGAAAAAUCCAUUUCUAAACCAGAAUUUAGGGAUUUUUUUGUCAAACACUGAACUUUACAAGUUUUAUUUAUUAUUACCCCAAAGAAAAGAAAGUUUUUGUUUAAAUUAAGUGUAAAGAAAACAAACAAAUUGAGAACAUAAUUGUUGUUAUUGUAAAUAACAGUGAUCUCUGAUAUCACUUACAAGGUUGUGAAUGUUGUAGGGUAUGUUGUUGUUCAUAAUUAUUUAAACUUCUCCUUGUAACAAGUGGUGAAGUCCUGUAUGAAUAGACUCAAUAGUUUUAUUCUGAUUAGACACUAGUGCCGUGACUAUUUGAUAAUUUUCAUGUUGGUAAAAUAGCAAUAAUAUAAUGGAAUAGGUGAAAACAAAAGUCAAGAAACAACUAUGCCAUAUUUGAAAUUUCAAAUGUUUAGGAUGUCACAUCUUUGCUCUUACUUGUAACUUCUUUAUUUCAGUUGAGAUGAAAUAACUUUCGACUUUCAUCAUGUUUCCAAAAUGUCAGCAAAUUUCAUUUGCCAAGUUUGGUGAUUGUACUGAUAAGCCUUUUGCAAAUUGGAGUAAAAUGACAUAACUUUUAA